AUGACGCCGGGCCACGAUGAUACGGAAAUGAAUGCGCCUCUCAUCGACCGGCGCGACGGCACAGACGACGUACCGCAUGUGUCUGCGGCGACGAUAGAGCACUCCGGCAAUGCCUUCAUAUGGGCACUGACGGUCGCUGCUUGUGUGUCUGGGUUGUUAUUUGGAUACGACACAGGAGUGAUCUCGAGCACGCUCGUCUCGAUCGGUACCGACCUCUCGUCGCGGCCCCUCACGAAUCUCGACAAAGGUGUCAUCACCUCGUGUACCAGCUUCUUCGCCCUCGUUGCUAGCCCAGUCGCUGGAUUGCUCGCAGACAAAAUUGGAAGGAAAAACAUUAUUUUAGUUGCAGACGCGCUCUUCACUCUCGGGGCCCUGUGGCAGGCAUUCACGACUUCAGUCUGGGGCAUGAUUUUGGGCCGUUCGAUCGUGGGUCUGGCAAUAGGCGGAGCGAGUCUGAUUGUGCCUCUGUAUAUUUCUGAGCUGUCGCCGAGUCACUUGCGAGGCAGGCUGGUGACUACAACCCUGUUGUUCAUCACUGGGGGCCAAGUCAUCGCAUACCUGGUCGGUUGGGCUUUCUCGACCACGCCCGGAGGCUGGCGCUGGAUGGUCGGAUUGGGCUCAGCACCCGCUGUUGCCCAAAUGGCCAUGCUGUUGUUCAUGCCUGAGACUCCACGGUUCCUGGCGAAGGCGCAAAAGGAGGGAGCGGCGCGCGCAGUGCUCACCGAGGUGUACCGCGGGAUGACAUCGGAUGAGGACCAGCUCGUCGACGACAUCAUCCUGGCCAUCAAGAAGGAGAUGAUCGAAGAGGAGGAGGCACACCUUCAGAUCAAGAGCGGCAGUACCGACUCCAGAUCAUGCGUGCCGCCGACGUUACACUCCCUCCUCCUGCAUCCGCCUCACGCGAGAGCACUCACCAUAACGUGCACGCUACAAGGACUACAGCAGCUCUGCGGAUUCAACAGUCUCAUGUACUUUUCCGCCACCAUCUUUCAGCGGCUCGGGUUCUCGUCCCCGACACUGACGUCGCUGAGCGUCGCGGGGACGAAUUUUGUCUUCACAAUCGCCGCGUUCAAUCUGAUCGACAGGAUCGGGAGGCGGCGGAUUCUGCUGACUACGAUUCCUGUCAUGAUCCUGUCCCUCUUACUCUGCGCCGGCGCCUUCUCCUUUUUAUCCUCCUCGGGGGUGGGACAGGACGAAGUCAAGCCCGCCUCUGAGACGAGUCCCAAGGACGGUGGACCCUUGCCGGCGAUCGGCAUCCUGGUCGCCAUGCUUCUUUACGUGUCGACUUACGCCAUGGGCCUUGGCCCGAUUCCGUGGCAGCAAUCGGAGCUCUUCCCGCUAAGUGUGCGCUCGUUGGGAUCGAGCCUGGCAACCGCGACUAACUGGGGAUGCAAUACCGUCGUGGGCUUGACCUUCUUGCCAAUGAUGGACCUUCUCACUCCGCAGUGGACCUUUGUAACUUAUGCUCUCAUAUGCGCGUUGGGAUAUAUCGCUAUUUGGCACAUAUACCCUGAGACUAUGGGCCUGAGUCUAGAACAAGUUGGAGAUCUGCUUAAACACGGCUGGGGCGUCCAGGAAAGCACGGCUCGGUUGAGAGCUCAAAGGUCAAGAGAAAGCCCAGGAUAG